CGCCCCUUUAUCCCGGGUAUAGGUCUUAAUUAGUCCGAGUCGGUUCAGUCAACAUGUCAAAUUGCCAGGAGCAGAAACUGGAGCAGGUGGAGAAAGAAAAAGUCGAGAGAAAUGUUAAAAAUGAGGAGGUGAAAGAUGAGGAGAAGGAAGAAAGGAAGGAUGAGAGGAAGGAUGAUGGAAAGAAAGAAAAGACGAAGGAAAAGAAAGAGCCAUUUCUGAAUUGUCUUUACAAUCCAAGGAGCGGCGAGUUUCUGGGUCGCACCGCCAGCAGCUGGGGUCUCAUCCUCCUUUUCUACCUCAUAUUUUAUACCUGUUUGACAGGAAUGUUCCUCCUGACCAUGUGGGUCAUGUUACAGACUCUGGAUGAAAAUGUUCCAACCUAUCAGGAUCGUUUGGCCAAUCCAGGUCUGGUGAUUCGUCCACAUGCAGCUGAAAUCUCCUUUAACCAGAGUGACUCAAAUAACUACAACCUUCACAUCCAACAACUGCACCAUCUGCUGCAAAAGUACAACGACAGCAUUCAGAAGCACAAUGAUCUGUGUCUGUUUGGAGAAUUCACUGAACAGGAUGAUGAGCCAGUGAAGAAGGUCUGUCAGUUCAUGAGAAGCAGCCUGGGCGACUGCUCCGGUCUGUCUGACACCAGCUUUGGAUUUGCUGAAGGAAAACCCUGCAUUAUCAUCAAAAUGAACCGGGUGAUUGGACUAAAACCUAAAGGAGAUCCUUACAUCAACUGCACUGCUGUGGGAGAAAGACCGUUACAAAUGCAGUACUUUCCAUCUGACCGUCGACUUGAUAAAAUGUUUUUCCCGUACUAUGGCAAAAAGGCCCAUCUGGACUAUGUGCAGCCUCUUGUUGCUGUCAAGUUGCUCUUGACUCAGGAUGACUACAAUAUUGACCAGACAGUUGAGUGCAAAGUGAUGGGUUCAGACCUGCUUAACGAUGACAGUCGGGAUAAGUUUCAGGGCCGGGUCAGUUUUCGGGUCAAAGUAUCAAUGUGAACAGAACUGGCAUUUCUCAAUGGACAGGUAAACAGGUUUGUGCCAUUCCAGGGAAUUUUUAUUCUAAAUCAGAUCUGUUCCAAUGCUGACCUGAGUCAAACUGUCAGAACCAUGACACCUGGGUCAGUCAUGAUAGUCAUACAAGCUAAAAAAGAGUCAAUACACAGGUUUAUAAUAAAAUGUGCAUAUUUUAUUAGAGAAGAAAUACACGCACACACACAAUCAACAAGGAAAACAAUAAAAGCAACAUAACAGUUAAAAAUAUCAAAAUUAUUAAUUAAAAAAUCAAAUAAUAUUUAUUUAUUCUUGUUAAGUUAAGUUUUUUUAUUUAUUCUUGUUAAGUUAAGUUUUUUUGGGGGGAGGGUUGGUAAAUUUUAAUGGUAAUGUGUCUCCCUCGCACAAACAUAACAGAGUAAAUUUCAUUACAAUGAAAAAAAUAAACGUGUAAAAGUAACAUUUGGAUGCUUUCCUGUUGUUGUUACACAGGGAAACCUUUCUACAUUAUUAUCCUCUAUAUAUCAUUGAUGUUAUUGUGUCACUUUGAAAAACCCAACUGGAUGAUAUUUGUUCAAAGUUCUUAAAUAAAAAGGUUUAAAUCGAAAAA